UUUACCAGCAACAGCUUUCACAUACUACAGCAGCAGAGUCCUCUGAUGCCGCUCUACAGAGCGGUAGCAGCGGUUCUACUUCUUCGUCUUCCUUCCUUCCUCCUACAUCCCCUCUUCAUCCCCAUUCUUAUCCCUCAACCACAAUAACGAACGACGAUUUUGAAAAGAGAACAACAAACGGCGAAAAAUCUCCAGAGACAUGCUGGGCUUCUCCUUCUUCAGAGACAGCUCCUACUUCACGAAGGUACGCACUAUACUACAUAAUAACAUAUCUACUACAACAGCAAAUAUAUGAGAUUGGAAUAUUUUUCGAGGACAAGGAAAAACAAAGCUAGCCAACUGAUGCUAAAUAAAAACAAACCGAAUACUGGGGUUUUUUUAAUUAGACGUAGCCGAACGUCCCCGCUAUCAAAUCCUGCCAGACGAGCAGAGCACAAUGCGACAGAGCGUGCCCGACGAGAAAGUCUCAACGGCAAAUUCCGACUCUUGGCUAGCAUAUUACCGAACCUCCAGAAUUCAAAAAAACCGUCCAAGAGCCAGAUUAUCGAGAAAGCGCUCGAAUGGGUAGAGCAUAGCUUACUCGGCGAAGAAAAAUAUCAGUACGAACUGUUCCGGUUAGAGCAGGAAAAUAAGAAAAUUAGCGACCAGCUUCAGCAGUGUUUAAUAUCAUCGCAGCAGCAGCAGCAACAUCAGUGGCCAUUGAACAACACACCGCCACUGACCAAUAGCAGUAGCAGCAGUAUUUCACACAGCAACAGCAGCAGCAUCAGCAGUGUCAAUUUCUGCAACGCAGUACCGUCGCCUCCUAGCUCGAUAGCAUCGACGUCUGUUUCAUCGUCAAGAUAUAGUUGUGCUAGCACCAACAACGGCAGCAACGUUACACCAGUCAUGUUUACGCCAUCGGUAACAACAGUCGAUGUUUCGCUGAUCCCACACCAUCAACAGUAUCAUCAACAACAUUGUCAUCGCUCCGCUUGAAUUCAAACUUGCCUUCCCAUAUCAUUACCUUAUGCCCGAAUAUUUUAUCAUAAUUAUUACUAUAGUUCAUGCCAUCAGUGUUCCCCGACAAAAAAAAUAUUGCGUUUCUUUUUACUUUCUUUCUUCUCUCAAACUUUACAUAUAUGUCAAAAGCUUAUCUUUCUUCCUUCAUAUCUCACGACAUUAUGCUUUAUAUCUUCUAUAUCUGGUAUUCUUUCUUCUAUUUCGAGUCAUGUAACCAGCAACAAAACUAAUGUAGUGAGGUUCUCUAUUUAUUAUGAUUAUCGGUGCUAUUCUGAUGAUGUUAA